GCCCCCGCUGCGGCGGACGAGGGGCGGGGCGGGCGCGGGGUAUAUAAAGCGAGGGGCGGGCGCCGCUCUUUUGUCUCUUGCUGCAGCGACGCGAGUGGGAGCCCGAGACCGUCUGGGAGCGAAGGCCUAGGGUUGUUUCAAGAAAAUGGCAGACAAGCCAGACAUGGGGGAAGUCGCCAGCUUCGAUAAGGCGAAGCUGAAGAAGACGGAGACGCAGGAGAAGAACACCCUGCCGACCAAAGAGACCAUUGAGCAGGAGAAGCGGAGUGAGAUGUCCUAAGAACCCGAGGAUUCGCGCCCCGGCGUCUUCGGGACCCCCUUGCGAUGUGGAGGAAAAGGCCACCUGCAAGGACACGAGCCACAAACUGCACUGUGAACCCGGACACUCCGCGCCCAUGCCAUCGACCUGUGUGUGGGUCCCUCGGGGGACCCCCUCCUCCCCCCCCAUCGGACUGCCAAAUUCUCCGGUUUGCCCUGGGAUAUUGUUAGAACAUUAUUUGUAUGAUUAAUGAAAUAAAACACACCUCGUGGCA